UUGGACUGUGAUAUUUGGUUUUUAGUGAUAAAGAUUUAAGUGAUAAUCGGUUUUUUCCUCAUGUAAUUUUUAGGAAAAAAGGAUAUUUUUAACAAGAGUUUUGAAACAAGGUUUGUUAUCCAAAUUGAAACAACUCUACCACCAACGAUGACCAACGUCGGARUUUUACAUCUACUUCUGAUUUUUGUGGUUGCACUUUCUGGACUCAAGCGUCUACAUGGAGUUUCAGCUGACUACGCACCAGAAAAAAUGGAUCUCGACAACGAAGCACGACUAGAAAUGAACCUGGAGCCUCGUUCUUCAAUCCCUCAUCCGAAGAACAGUGCACCUGUUACACCUGCAGCUACGCUAUACGUACCAUCUUCGGAGGAUGGCAGUGGCAUUGAAGGCUCUAAUAAUCACGAAGAGGAGAAAAAAGAUCAAGACUCAAACAAURAAGAAAUCAAACAGACCACAUCAACAAACAACACAGCAGCACCAGAAAAUACACCAGCCAUCACUUCACCUUUCACAAAUGCUCCAAAUGCGUCGUCGUCAAACGGAAACUCGACAUCAUAUUUUCCAUUUCAACCAGCCAAUCAGAAUACAUCUUCAACGGAGGUUUCUCCACCUGAAAGUGUUCAAAAUCCUGCAGAUGACUUGAACACGUCGAAUGAAAACGACAAAGCGAAGCAGCAAACCAAUGUGAGUAAUCUCACUACAAACACUGAAGAAACAGUAUCGGUGGAAAGCAUCAGUUUUGGAACUCCUUCUAAACCACUGACACCAAUCAAAUCAGAGCAAGAGGUGGAGGAUAAAGCAGACGACACGAAAACUGCAAAACAUCAUAAAAACAAACCAACAGCUGCAGCAUUUAAUAGACCAGCCACUACACCAACACCCAUUACUACAGCUGCUAAACAUCAAGAUAAAAACAAAGAUAAUAAAUCUAAGAUGGAGGAUGAUAACGAAAGCGAUUUGGAUUUGGAAAGCGGUAGUGGUACCGAUGAUCAAGACAGACCCGAGGGCCCAAAUUAUACUCCAUCUGCCCAGCAAGGUAAACAAAGUGCAUCGACCAAUGUCAGUCGUGAUAGCGAUAACGAUGACAACCGGGAUAGUAAUGAUGAUUCCAGUCAUGAUAGUAAGAACGCUGCCAGUUUCGAUAGCAACAACGAUGCCAGUCGCGAUAGCAACAACGAUACCAGUCGCUAUGGUAACAACGAUGCCAGUCGCAAUAGCAACAACGAUGCCAGUCGCGAUAGCAACAACGAUGCCAGUCACGAUAGCAACAACGAUGCCAGUCACGAUAGCAACGAUGCCAGUCGCGAUAGCAACAACGAUGCCAGUCACGAUAGCAACAACGAUGCCAGUCACGAUAGCAACAACGAUGUCAGUCACGAUAGCAGCAACGAUGUCAAUCAAAAUAGCAACAACGAUGACAGCCGCGUUAACGAUGCCAACGAUAGCAAUGACGACGACGACUAUGAAGAAGCUGACGACGACCUCGAAGACGACUCUGGGUCCGGCCAUGAUGAGAAUGAACCAUUUCUACAUGACAAUCACACACUCACUUCUACAAGAGGAAGCUUAAAAGUAGAAGCCAAGAAGAGGCCUAUUGUGGAAGAAAACGCAAUUGCAGACAAAGAUACUGAAAAAGCUGUUGAAGACGCAAUUGAUCAAGAAACAGACUACGAGGACAAUGACACARAGGAAGACAAAAACAAUAUUGAAGAUGAAAGAAAAGAGAAUCAAGUGGACAAACCAAAACCCACACAACUUUCACAGAAAUUUGAAAAAGAAGAUGGAAAUCUGAAUGAAACAGGAACAAAUAAAUCGACUGAAACAAAGCCAAAAGCAGAUAUAACACUUAGCAAAACUCAUCUUUCCAAAAAAGAGCACAAUAAAGUUAAAGGUGUGAAGAAAACGUCAACAGAAAAGGACUCAAAAAAAGURAAACAUGUCAAACCUGAAAAGAAAGAAAAGAACGGUGCAGAACAACAUCGCAUUUUCAAUCAGCCACAGCCUAAGGCUUAUAAACCCCUAUUUAAGUACAUCAAGAAGGCAAAUCUUCAUUUAAAGACUCCUAAAGCCAAAAAGACUCCUGAACCAACUUGCAACUCAGAAGAUAUAAAAACUGGGUUUUCCUUAAAAGGAGGAACACGCGCUGGUCACGUGGAUGAUUUAGGCGAGUCGGCGGRUAUAAGGGAAUGCAUCAAGCGAUGUUGUCGUAAGGAUGUAUGUGAUGUAGCUCUAUUGUUGGACGGUCGAUGCUUUGGGGUGUCUUGCUUCACCAAGGAUCUGUGCCAGCCAGUCCCUAUCCCACAUCCACACUACGUAGCUUCACAGAUUGCGUUCUUGAAACAAGCUCAAAGGAGAACUGAGGUCGGACGAUUAAGGCCAGAGUUGGAUUGUAAAUAUGGCGAACUGACUAUACGCAAUAAGCACCGAUGGACUGGUGAGCUUUGUGGCGGGGUUUUAGCCUGUAAGAAUGGUAUUAUCCAUCUAGAAAAAUGCCCCGGUAUUCCACCGAAACCUAAAAACUGCGCUAAUCCAAAGCUUUACAUUAAACAAAGACCUGGUCGAUGCUGUAUUAAAAAAUGGCUUUGUAAAGACAAGUCGUGUAUGUAUGGAGUUCGUAAAAUCCCACAUGGAGUCAGCUUGAGCGAUCCACUAUGCACCGGCAUCAUCUCAUGUUACAAUGGACACCUGAAAACAACACAAUGUCCAGGAAUACCAACGAAGCCAGAAAACUGUGCAAAUCCUCGAUUAAAGAUAACGUCAAUACCUGGAAAGUGUUGCCGAAGGAAAUGGGUGUGUCAGGAUAAAGGAUGUACAUAUAACAAGCUAAAAGUUGACCACGGAGAACGCUUGACAGACGCGUCAUGUGCUGUCGUUAUGGAGUGUAAUAAUGGUUUCUUGAACUUCAAGCAAUGUCCAAGCACUCCCGCUAUCCCACAUGGUUGCAUCAAUCCUAAACUAAAAGUGAAAAGAGUUCUAGGAGAAUGCUGUCACAUGAAAUGGGCAUGCGCACCAGAAAUAUAGSAACWAUGGGAAUGGACUAAAAAUUAGACCUUGCCUCAAGACGAGUGGACAAUCACGCAAAAGCCAGGCUGAAGGUCUAUUUGUUCUUAAUAUAAACAUCAUAAUGGUCCAACACUGAAAAAGAUGGAAACAAUUUAAUUUUGUCUAAAAUAGUUCGUAUCAGUUAGAUGAUCCGCCAUUUUGGUUUUGCCUUUUUUCAUCUAGUGGAMCUCUAUGAGUGUUGGACAAUUUAAAUGUUUAUACAAAAACCUUUUGUAUGUAUCGUGUGUACGUUUAAAGAAAAAUAUUCCAGGAACUUAACAGGAAAUAGCCUMGCUUUUUAACAAGGGUAAGCUGGUGAUAGGCCAUAUUAGGCACGUAACGCAAAUGAAACAUUUUGAACCGCUGACUUGCAAUAAUUGUACUAUUUUGAUUAAAAUCACUAAUGAAAGGUCUUUUUUCAAAAAUGGCCGCCACUAAUUAGAAUAAUUUUUAUUUUUCGUACCUAUAGCUUCAAAAUUCAGUUGGUUCCAUUGAAAAUCCAUAAAGAGAUAAAGUUUUUAAUGUGCAGGAAUUGUAUGGUUGCGGAAGUAUGGCUUAUGCCACUUURUGCCUAACAGUUAUCAGUAAAUUUUUCAGGUUUAAAAAAAUUAUAUAUCAAAUUUUAAUUGGAACAUACAAGUAYUUAUAACAUUUCUGAGAGAAGGAUAUUGUUUAGUACUUUAGCGGUUAUUAUGCCUUUUACAAAUAUGCAAAUAAUCGGMCGCCAUCUUGAAAAAGGAGUAUUGCGAUUUGUUCCAACAGUACAGGUUACGUCACACUUACAAGAUGAUUAUCUGUACAUUGUUGAGAAAGGGGCCAAGGAAAAUAUCAUCAAAAAGACAAUUUGAAUAAAAAAUAUCAAUAAAAUAUUUUGUAUAUCCGUU